AUGAUACUUGAUUCACUUCCAGCCAUCUUCUGUUACCUACUCUUCCUCGUCCAUCUGUGGUGGGCCGUGGCCCGCGGAUGCGACUCGGGCUGGAGCGAGUUCGAGAGCAAUUGCUACUACUUCCCCGACACGACGGACACGUGGCUCGGGGGCAACGCGGACUGCAUCCGGCGGGGGAGCUUCCUCUGCGACCCGUCCGAGGGGGGGCAGGUGCGGUACGUCGGGUACAACACGAGGAGGCCGGUGACCUAUCUGGGAGUGCAGGUCAACGUUGGUGGGGGCGUCGUCAACUAUAAUGGCAACGGGGUCAAUUAUAAUAAUUUCCCACCGAAUCGAAAUUCCGGAUAUUGUUACCAGUACCCGAACCAGUGGCGCUCGGACGGCCCCGACGUCGAGAAGUGCUACGUGUGCCAGACCCGCUACGACUCCACCAUCGGCUGCCCCGGCUCCUACCGACAGUGGCGUUCCAAGUGCUACAACUGCUACCACAACCAGAGGCGGAACUUCUACGGGUCCCGCCACAGCUGCCAGGGUUGGUACUACAAUAGCAUCGCCCGGGCGGAGGUGCAGGACCCGACGAUCGCCGCCCUCCAGGGCGAUCUCGUUUCCAUCGAGGACCAGGCCGAGAUGGACUUCGUCUCUGAUCUCAUCUCAGGCGGAGUCCAGAACGGAACUCUCGACGUGACGGAUUACGUAGACACGAAUUUCUGGAUGGGCCUGGAACUGAAUACGACUCAGGCGGCGCUGAUGUUGACCGAGGACCCACAAGCCUCCACGGUCGACGCCUGGCAUUGGACCUCCCCCACCUACGAAACCAAGCAGGCUCGGACCACUUAUAGCAACUGGUACCCCGACAGUGGCAACUACCGCGAGCCCAGCUAUGGCACCUGCGGGUCCAUCUAUCCCAGCCGAUGGAACACGUGCGGGUUCAACAGCGGUUACCGCUACGGUUACACCUGUCGCCGGUCGAGGAAACUCACCGUCAGCCAUGCCUGGAACCUCCUUCGCGGUUACAUCUGGCUCAUGUACAUUGGGUUCACCACUCUGUAGAGUUCAUCAAUCGCAAAUUGUGCACAUCACAACUUCAUUGAAAAAAGAAACACCUUAGGAUGAAAAUUAACAUGGGUUUUUAAGGGUAAACAAUUCCUACCUCCUUCUCAUGAUGAUAUCUUCAGAAUUUUCGUCGAUUUCUGCUUUAUCACGAGUAGUAAUAUAUAUGAAAUUAUAUAUGAAACUAUUAUAUGAAAUAUAUAUGAAACUAUUAAAACAAACUGGGCAGUGGGGUAUCCCCAGCUGGAAAAGAGAAAAUCGCCCGAAAUCCUGAGCCCCAUUCGAGACUGGGCUACACAUGACCCUAUGGCCCUCUGAAUUCGUGUCAGCAAGAACGGAAAUGAGGCAAGGUCAUGGAGAAUGUGUGAGACUAGAGCAAAGAAGGGCCAGACAUCCUUGGGGCUCAGGAUCUGUUCCGGCGAACGCAUUCUGCUUUCCCUAACCUCCGCAACUUAGGAUUUUUUUGGAAGUGUAUGUUUGGGCUCUCACUUUGCACUGUUGAAAUCUCUAAUACCAUUAUAUGGCACUUUUAUUGGGGUUAUCGUCGUCACCACUGCAUCACGCUGAAUUAGGGACUGCUAGGUUCACUUCUUUGCUCAUAGUUACUGAAUUACGGGAUUGAUUUUUUCAUAUUAAUUUUCAUUUCAACAGCACUAAGCGUUUGCACUAUUCGGGUUCAUUGGCACUAACAGGCUAUGUCCCAAAGGCUGUAGACGGCCUUUGGAUCGUAAAGGCAUUCUUUAGCCUACUUUGACCUACUUUGACCUUCUUCAGCCUUCUUUGGCCUUCUUCAGUCUAGUUUGACCUUCGUCAUCUCUCUUCGCACCAGAUUCCCUUUUUUUUGGAGACUCGGUCAUAUGCACAAUAAAGGUGUUGGUUGGAA